AGAAAGCUUUCUCUAACAGAUCCACAUACUCACUUCUGAAACAUCUGAGAUUAUCAAUAAGCUCCUAGUCCAGACGCCAUGAGUAAUUUCACAGCUGAGGACAAGGCUGCUAUCACUAGCCUGUGGGCCAAGGUGAAUGUGGAAGAUGCUGGGGGAGAAACCCUGGGAAGGCUCCUGGUUGUGUACCCAUGGACCCAGAGGUUCUUCGACAGCUUUGGCAGCCUGUCCUCUCCUUCUGCCAUCAUGGGCAACCCCAAAGUCAAGGCGCAUGGUGCGAAGGUGCUGACUUCCUUGGGAGAAGCCAUAAAGAACCUUGAUGAUCUCAAGGGCACCUUUGGCCAGCUGAGUGAGCUGCACUGUGACAAGCUGCAUGUGGAUCCUGAGAACUUCAGGCUCCUGGGAAAUGUGCUGGUGACUGUUUUGGCAGUCCAUCAUGGCAAAGAAUUCACCCCUGAGGUGCAGGCUUCCUGGCAGAAGAUGGUGGCUGGAGUGGCCAGUGCCCUGGGCUCCAGAUACCACUGAGGCCCCAUGCCCAUGAUGCAGAGCUUUCAAGGAGAGGCUUUAUUCUGCAAGCAACAAAAAUAAUAAAACUAUUCUGCUUAGA